UAAUCUUCAUGAGCCCGUGCGAGUGUGUGUGUCAGUCACUUAAAGAGUGAAACGGGGAUAGAUGACUAUUUAUCCGAAGCUAACACCGAGCUCAUCAGGCAACCUCUGCAGCCGUGCGCGUGAGUUCUGUCGCCCUCCUUGGGAGCGGGAGGAGAGCGCGCAGACUGUCGGCUUGGGAAAGGUCACGUGGGCGCCGAAGAGCUCAGUGCUGUCAGUCCGUACUCGUAUUCUUGCCAGCCGUAGUUUAGUUGAUUGCGUCAGGAUAACGAAGCCGCCUCGCACGAGAAGAAAAUAAGUCCAGCAUGAAACGGACCGGCUGAUGCUCGAGCUGGACCUCCUUUAACUACCUUCCGUGCAACACACGGUCCACGGAUCUAUGUAGACGCUCCUCUCCGCCUGGUGCAGACUCUCCGUGCCGGAGUCCGGGGAAACGGGCAGGACGGCGGGAGGAGCGCGUUGAGACGCGAGCGUGUCGCGCUUUGCGAAUUUAACGGAUUUCAAACGGAAUGGCGGACCGCGAGACGAUCCCGCUGCCUCUGGAGGUGCGAGCGAGGCUCGCGGAGCUGGAGCUCGAGCUGUCGGAAGGUGACAUCACACAGAAAGGCUACGAGAAGAAGAGAGCAAAACUGCUCAGACCGUUUCUACCCAUAGUUCCAGGGGCGGAGCCUCAUGAGCAUCGUACUCCCAUCACCCCCUCCCCUCGUUACCAUCGGCGACGCUCCACAGGAUCUCGGGAUGAACGCUAUCGCUCUGACCUACACAGUGAGGCUGUCCAGGCUGCUCUGCUGGGUCAGAGGGAGAGGAGGCUGGCGGUUCCGAUGCCGUCCAAGCGGUCAUCUCUACUAGUGCACAACUCUGUGGACGCUUACACCCCACCAGACUCGUCAUCAGGUUCGGACAGCGAGAGCUCAUUAAGGCGUUGUCAUGGCAGCGGGCUGGUGGAGGAGUGGCUUAGCCGGGCGCUCCAGAGUUCUUCAUCAUCGUCCACAUCAUCAUCCUCCUCGUCCUCUAACGCAGCACGCCUGGCAGAGCUGCUCACACACACACACACACAUGGAGGUCCAGGCUCCCACCUGUCCCUGAAGAGAAGGGGCAUUAUGGGAUACCUGGAGAACGGCAUGAUGGGAAGGCGCUCGUGUGAGGAUGGGUCUGAUCGACCCUGGUCGUCUCUGGAGUCAGACGAGUCUCACCCUGUGGCCCCUCCAGACGUCACCAGCUUCAUUGGCCCCCCCAGCCAAGAACUCCGUCCCUUGCGGCCUCCGCCCAAAUAUGGAAAUGCAGUUCUCAUGGAGACGGGAGAUGGGGUUCCGGUGAGCUCGCGUGUCUCUGCUAAGAUUCAGCAGCUGGUGGACACUCUGAAACGACCCAAGCGGCCACCCCUCUCCGAGUUCUUCCUGGACGACUUCGAGGAGAUGCUGGAGGUGCCGCAGCCUGACCCCAGCAUCCCACGGCCGGAGGGGGAGGAGUCGGGUGUGGUGGGCGGGGAGAGACUGGGCGUGGUCAGCAAUUGGCCACCUUCCCUGGAGGCGGGGCUUCAGCGCUGGGGGAGCACCGCCCCUAAAGCCCCCUGUCUGAGCUGCCCUGACGCCACCGGAAAAACCACACACACACUCACCUACGGGAAACUGUGGUCUCGGAGUAUGAAGCUUGCUUACAGCCUCCUCAACAAGCUGGGCAGCAAACAGGAACCUCUUGUCCGGCCAGGGGACCGGGUGGCGCUGGUGUUCCCUAACAGUGACCCGGCAGCCUUCCUUGUGGCCUUCUAUGGCUGCCUGCUAGCUGAGCUGGUCCCCGUGCCAGUGGAAGUCCCCCUUAGCAAGAAGGAUGCUGGGAGUCAGCAGAUCGGCUUCCUAUUGGGCAGCUGUGGGGUCACCAUAGCGCUGACCACAGACACGUGUCAUAAAGGAUUACCCAAGAGCCUCAGCGGAGAGAUUCAGCAGCUGAAGGGCUGGCCAAAGCUGCUGUGGGUGGUAACAGACUCUAAGCAUUUAUGCAAACCCCCCAGUGACUGGUACCCACACAUUAAAGAUGCCAACAACGACACGGCAUACGUAGAGUAUAAGACGUGUAAGGAUGGGAGUGUAUUGGGCGUGACCGUGAGCAGAAUCGCCAUGCUCUCACACUGCCAAGCUCUUACUCAAUCCUGUGGAUACACAGAGGCUGAGACCAUAGUGAAUGUAUUAGACUUCAAAAAAGAUGUCGGCCUUUGGCAUGGAGUUCUAACAAGUGUGAUGAAUAUGAUGCAUGUCAUCAGUGUUCCGUAUGCCCUGAUGAAGGUCAACCCCCUCUCAUGGAUACAGAAGGUGUGUCAGUAUAAAGCACGGGUGGCGUGUGUGAAGUCCAGAGAUCUACACUGGGCGCUGGUUGCUCUGCGAGACCAGAGAGACAUUGACCUGGCAUCACUGCGCAUCCUACUGGUGGCGGACGGUGCCAACCCCUGGUCGGUGUCGUCCUGUGAUGCAUUCCUGAACGUCUUUCAGACCAAAGGCUUGAGGCCUGAGGUCAUCUGCCCUUGUGCCAGCUCAGCAGAAGCUCUCACCAUCUCUAUUAGGAGGCCUUGUGAGGACAGCCUUGGGGGUCAUCUCAGCAGAGGGGUCAUCUCCAUGGCAGCUCUGAGUCACGGGGUCAUCAGGAACGACUCAGAACAGAAACUCUCCACCCUCACACUGCAGGACGUGGGAUCGCCCUUACCUGGAGCUCUGGUGUGUGUCGUGAGGUCUGAUGGGGUUCCACAGCUCUGCUGCACUGAUGAGGUCGGGGAAGUGUGUGUGUGCUCUGUUGCUACGGGAACCUCCUACUACGGCCUCACAGGCAUGACCAAGAACACUUUUGAGGUGUAUCCGGUAACAGCCGCAGGUCAGCUGGUGUGUGAGUAUGCAUUUGUGCGUUCCGGCCUGCUGGGAUUCGUGGAUGAAGAGGGGCGGGUCUUCAUCACCGGCCAAUCAGACGGGCUCAUGUGUGUGAGCGGGAAGAGGCACAACGCUGAUGACAUCAUCGCUACAGCACUGGCUGUCGAGCCAAUGAAGUUCGUCUACAGGGGGAGAAUAGCAGUGUUCUCCAUCAAUGUGCUGCAUGAUGAGCGGAUUGUGGUCAUCGCUGAGCAGAGACCUGAAGCCACAGAGGAGGAGAGCUUUCAGUGGAUGAGCCGUGUGUUACAGGCCAUGGACAGCCUGCACCAGGUGGGUGUGUACUGUUUGGCGCUGGUAAGCCCCAACUCUCUGCCGCGGAGUGCUCUGGGGGGGCUGCACCUGAGUGAGACGCGCUCACUCUUCCACCAGGGGGCGCUGCACCCACGCAGCCUGCUCAUGAGCCCACACACCUGCGUCACCAACCUGCCCAAGCCACGCCAGAAACAGCCAGAGGUGGGUCCUGCCUCUGUGAUGGUGGGAAAUCUGGUGUCUGGGAAACGAAUCGCGCAGGCAAGUGGCAGAGACCUGGGAAGCUCAGAGGAGAACGACCAGUUCAUCUUCCUGUCUGAGAUAUUACAGUGGAGAGCUCAGACCACACCUGACCAUGUUCUCUACACUCUCCUCAACUCUAAGGGAGGGGUGGCCUGCUCUCUCUCGUGUGUGCAGCUCCAUAAAAAGGCAGAGAAGAUCGCCGCCCUACUGGCAGAGAGAGCACUGCUGCAGGAUGGAGAUCACGUGGCUCUAGUGUACCCACCAGGAAUAGACCUGAUAGCAGCCUUUUAUGGUUGCCUGUAUGCUGGCUGCGUCCCCAUCACAGUGAGGCCCCCUCACCCUCAAAACAUCUCCACCACCCUGCCCACGGUCAAGAUGAUUAUAGAGGUGAGCCGUUCAGUGUGUGUGAUGACCUCUCAGUCCAUCUGUAAGCUGCUUCGCUCCAAAGAGGCUUCUGCUGCCGUCGACAUCCACUCCUGGCCUACUAUACUCGACACAGAUGACCUCCCGAAGAAGCGUUGUCCUCUACUAUGUAAGACGUCUGACCCAGAUACACUCGCCUAUCUGGACUUCAGUGUGUCCACUACAGGCAUGCUGGCAGGAGUCAAGAUGUCCCACUGGGCCGUGAGUGUGUUGUGUCGCUCGGUAAAGCUGCAGUGUGAGCUCUACCCGUCCCGUGAGGUGGCAGUGUGUUUGGACCCCUACUGCGGUCUGGGCUUCGUGCUGUGGUGUCUCUGCAGUGUGUACGCAGGUCAUCAGACGAUCCUGAUUGCGCCCAGUGAUCUGGAGCAGAAUGCGUCUCUGUGGCUGAGUGCCGUGAGCCACCUGCGCGUGAGAGACACAUUCUGCUCCUAUAGCGUCAUGGAGCUGUGCACACGCAGCCUGGGGGGACAGACACACACACUCAAGGGUCGUGGGGUGGACCUGUCGCGCGUGCGCACGUGUGUGGUGGUGGCGGAGGAGCGCCCACGACUGUCCCUCUCGCUCUCCUUCUCCAAACUCUUCAGAGACCUCGGACUCCACCCUCGAGCCGUCAGCACCGCCUUCAGCUGCAGGGUCAACAUGGCCGUCUGCCUACAGCCUCACCGGCUGGGGAAGCUCGCAGAGCAGGGAACAUCUGGACCUGAUCCCACCACUGUUUACGUGGACAUGAGGGCCCUAAGGCAUGACCGGGUGCGACUAGUAGAAAGAGGAUCACCACAUAGCCUACCUCUAAUGGAGUCUGGGAAGAUCCUGCCAGGUGUACGCAUCAUCAUCGCCAACCCCGAGACCAAAGGACCAAUCGGAGACUCCCACCUUGGCGAGAUUUGGGUGCACAGUGGUCAGAACGCCAGUGGCUACUUCAGUGUGUUUGGUGACGAGGCUCUGCAGUCGGACCACUUCAGCGCGCGCCUCAGCUUCGGGGACACACACACCGUCUGGGCACGCACCGGCUACCUGGGCUUCCUGCGCCGCACAGAGCUGACCGACGCCAGCGGAGAGAGGCAUGACGCGCUGUACGUGGUAGGUGCUCUGGAUGAGGCUCUGGAGCUGAGAGGGAUGCGUUACCAUCCCAUCGACAUCGAGACAUCAGUUGGCAGAACACACAAGAGCAUCUGC